AUGGAUUCACCAUCGAUCUCCAUGGAAGCUAGGAAAUUGUCCAUCCUUCUCCUCCUCCUACUUCAUUUAACUCAUUUUUCCUCUGUUGCAGUAAGUUCUAACAUCAUCCGUUGCCCUGAAACUGAAAAAGAUGCACUUCUUAACUUCAAACAAGGGUUCACAAACCCUUCACAUCUGCUUUCCUCAUGGAUUACUGAGCAAGAUUGCUGCAAAUGGAAGGGUGUUGAAUGCGACAACACAACCGGGCAUGUCACCACUCUUGAUCUUCACAGCACAAGUCAAGCUGACUCCUUGCGAGGUGAGCUUAGAAAUUCAUUGCUUGAUUUGCCAUACUUGAGACAUCUAGACCUUAGCCACAAUGAUUUUCACUAUAUCCAAAUUCCUGAUUUCAUUGGCUCUUUCAAAAACUUAGAGUACUUGAAUCUUUCAAGUGCUAACUUCAGAGGGACAGUGCCUGAUCAUCUUGGAAAUCUUUCGCACCUUCAGUACCUUAAUCUGAGUGGUUCUGGUGGCAAUCUAAGAGUAAACAACCAUGACUGGCUAAGCCAACUAUCCUCUCUCAAGGUUAUUGACUUGAGUUGGGUAAAUUUUGGAAGUUGGAAUAGUUGGCUUCAUGCAAUCAACAUGCAACCAUCUCUUAUCAAGUUAAAUCUAUCUGCCUGCCGUCUUUACUCACUUCAUAUUCCCCCUACACUGCUUUUUCUAAACUUCACUUCUCUGCAAAUUCUUGAUCUCUCACAUAACUAUUUUGGGUCUUUAAUACCAAGUUGGUUAUUCAACCUCAGCAGCCUUGCUACUCUGAGCCUAAAAAACAGUGACAUCCAAGGUUCAAUUCCAAAGACUUUCCAGACCAUGACCUCACUCACAGUACUUGAUCUCUCAGAAAACAGUCUCAGAGGCGAGUUACCGUCUGCACUGCCAUCACUUUUGAAAGAAGUGCGCUUCUCUGGUAACAGCCUAAAUGGUUCUUUAGCCAAAAACAUCAUGCACCUUAAGCAUCUAGUAGUAUUGGAUGUUGCUGGGAAUUAUUUGGAUGACACACUUACUCAAGGGUCACUUAACUUCAGUGAUUUGAAGGAAUUGGAUUUAUCUUAUAACUCAAUUGUCCUGAAGAUGAGCCAAAGUUGGAUUCCCUCUUUCCAACUUGAUGUUAUAGCCCUACGAUCUUGUCAACUAGGCCAUCACUUCCCAAGUUGGCUUAGGACACAGAAAACCAUAUCCUCCAUUGAUAUCUCUUAUGCUGGCAUUUCAGACAAGGUACCUGACUGGUUUUGGGACACCUCUCCAGCAAUGGAACAUAUGGAUCUUUCUUUCAACCAACUUAGAGGUGAAGUGCCAGAUUUGUCAAGAUUAAGUCUCUCGGUAGUAGACUUGAGUGGCAACAAUUUCCAAGGUCCUGUGCCACAUUUUUCCUCAAUGAUGAAAGGUUUUAUUCUAGCAAGUAAUUCUUUCAGUGGCACUGUUUCUCCUGUAUGUGAGUCGCUGGUUUAUAGUAAUUCUCUAAGGUUCCUAGAUUUAUCAUCAAACAAUCUAUCAGGACCACUCCCUGACUGCUGGGUAAAUGGGACAGAGCUGAUUAUCUUGGAUUUGGGUAGUAACUUCCUCUUUGGAAAAAUACCUCAAUCACUUGGAAAUCUGCAGAAUCUCAAGAUCUUAAGACUGCAAAAUAACAAUUUCUUUGGAGAGCUGCCUUCAUCAUUGCAGAAGUUGAGAAGGUUGACUGUUUUUGAUGUUGGUUCAAAUAAUCUAACUGGAAGUAUACUAAUAUGGAUUGGGGAAUUUUACACAGAACUUAUUAUUCUUUUUUUACGGGGAAACCAGUUUAGUGGAGCCAUCCCUCCUCAACUUUGCAUUCUUGAGUACCUAACGAUUUUGGAUCUUAGUAACAAUGCAUUGACAGGAACAAUUCCAAGGUGUGUCAAUAAAUUUCUCAUUAUGGCUGGGGUUGAAGGCGUUCCCUCCUUCAUUUUUGAUCAAUAUACAACACAUGAGAAGGAUGCAGUAAAGACCAUUAUAGUCACAAUUUCUAGUGAAUAUAACUUGUUUUCCUCAAGAAUCCGCCCAUUUACUGCUAUUGAUCUAUCAGGCAACUUUCUUUCAGGUGAGAUUCCAGGGGAACUUGCCAGUCUUGUUCAGUUGAGAGAACUGAAUUUGUCGGUAAACAAUCUAACAGGACCUAUUCCUCCUGGCAUCAAUAACCUGAGCAGUUUGGAAGCUCUUGAUUUGUCCAGGAAUAACCUUUCUUGCUCCAUUCCACCAAACAUGGUUCAAUUAAGCUUCCUUGAAGUUCUCAACCUCUCCUACAACCAUUUGUCGGGAGAAAUUCCCAAAGGCCAACAAUUUCUAACAUUUGACAACUCUUCUUACAUAGGAAAUAGAUACUUGUGCGGCCCACCUCUUACAACAGAAUGCUCCACACCUUUACCUGAAGACCCUCACUGCAUGAAUCAUAAUGAUCCCGAAAUCCAACAUCACGCAAGUGAUUGGCUAGAUGGAGCAGCCUCGUUCUUCAUUAGCAUGGGGGCUGGAUUCAUCCCAGGAUUCUGGGCAUUCUGGGGAAGUCUGCUGCUGUCCAAAUCCUGGAGAUAUGCCUAUUUCCGCUUUCUGGAUAACACGGCCAACAACAUUUAUGUGUUCAUUGCCAUUAAGCUGAGAAACUGGAAGGAGAGGAAGCAGACAAAUGCUGAGUAA